GUUGCGCUGAAGCGUGCGGGACCGCAGCGUUUCCCUCGCUACCGUGUACGGCCGUCCAUCGACCCCAUAUUCCUUGCGUCUGGUGCUCCUGUCGUUGACCAGCGACGCAACAAAUGGCGUCCACCUCACUCAAUGGGUUUGAGCUCGCUGUCGAGCCGGAUCUCCAGCCUCUAUAUCCCACGCCGUCCCAGCUCGCCCAUCUAUUAUCAGCAAACGUGGGUCUGUCACCCGCCCAGAAGACAGAACUCAUGAACCAUUGCCUCACGCGCGCAUGCGUCUUUGGCGACUUCACUCUCCUCUCAUAUCUGCUCUCGGAUCCCAAUGCGCAGCCUUUCCUGGAUCUUGGUAGGCAAGACGAAGACGGCUUAGGCUUAAUUAGCACAACUAUCCUGGGUUUUGGUUCGGAGAGUGACAGAGACUUAGAGAGAGAGGAAUGUGUCAGGCUAUUGAUCGCUGAGGGCGCCGACGUUACUCUACCGGAUAAUGCUGGCUGGAUCUCUCUUCACCAUGCCGCUCUUCUCGCCCCUCCGACCCUGGUAUCUCAUUUGCUAACCCAUGGCUGCUCGCCUUUCGCUCCUACGCGACGUAAUCUGACGGCCUUGGAUAUCGUGACAGCACAUUCUGUCGUGCCCGGACGCGAGGACGUACGUUUACUUCUGGAGGAAGCCAUGCGAGAGAAAGGCUGGACUGGUGGCCGUAUGGAAGAGCGUCGCCGAGCUGAAGGAAAAAGAGCGGAAAGUUGUGCGAAACGGAAAGCACUGCAAGAGAGCGUGGGCAAGAUCCUCGACAUUGGUCCAGCUUGGUGGGGGGACGGAGAUAUGGAUUCUUUCAGCAACACAUCAGACGACGAAGAUGAAGCUAUGUCAGACGAGGAGAAGUUGUAUACUCCCCCGCCGGAUUACACUUCAAUGCUAGUUUUCGCGCCUCAUUCAUUGCCCGACAUAUUCCAAACCCUUAUCAUCGACUUCAAGCCGAGGAUGAAGAACGCAGAACCUGCUAAUGCACUAUACAUGCUCUCUCGCUUCGCAUGUCUCAACUGCGAUGACCACUGGCUAGAAGACCUUGUCAUCGGCGCCACAGAUGCUAUAGAAGACACGUUCUUUAACCGAGGCGAAGACCUCAGCUGUCUGGUGUUCUGGCUCUACAACGUCACUGUCUGGCUGCAUCUGAUGCGUUGUGAUGAGGCGUUGAAAGAAACGUGUGAGAUGCUGGGCUCGUAUACACUCAUUGAAGAGAUCGUGAACUCCGUCUUCGUCUUCAUCAUCCGCUUCGCUGAGCGAAGAAUAGAUGGGAUGCUCGAUGCAGCUCUGCUAGACUAUUCCCCGUUAUCGAGCGAAUUUGACUCUGUUCAGUUUGAGUCGGAGUGGUCCAUCCUCAGGACAUUUCAGUCAAGCAAGAAGAAGCCCGCGCCGUUAGCAACCACACCGACUCCGGGUUCCCCAGUGAACAAAGGGAACACCGGAAUGCCCGGCUCAGCCGAUCCGAGUCGACCUCCCACACCUCCCAGCACUGCGCAAAUCAAAUUCGCUACACUUCGACAAACCUUUGGUCGCUCACGGCCACCAUCCGGCGCACCGACGUCCAGUAUCACAAGUGAUGCACCGCCGUCUCUUUCACCGCAGGACGUCACGUCCUUCAUGACAGCACUGCAUACCUUGCUUUCGCUGGCGGAUAUCAACCCUGCAUUGAUCGUACAGCUCUGGUCGCAAGUUAUGUACUGGGCCGCUUGUAAGAUUUUCAACCGAACAUUGACUCGGAAGAAGUACCUUUGCCGAUCGAGAGCGGUGCAGAUAAGCAUGAAUAUUGGGGUAGUCGAGGAAUGGAUCAGCACGAUGGAACUUCCUCGAGGUGUCGGAGCGCACUUUUUGCCGGUGAAGGAUUUGUUGAACUGGCUUCAAUGCUUGUCCUCGAUCACCGAAUUCCCUGAUCUCAUUGCCACCAUUCAGACCAUGAGGCACAUCAACCCACUCCAGAUGCGCCGUGCUGUUCGCGACUACAAAUACGAAGUGAAUGAGGGCAGGAUGCCUGAGGAGUGUGUUCAAUACCUAGCGCAACUGCAGAAAGACUGGGAAAGGCAUCGUGUGAAGAUGGGUGUUGAAGCAUUGCGUCGAGAGAUGGGCGAGCGAGAACGCGAACGCACGGAGGACUCGCCGUCACAGAGUGGUAGCGCCUACUUUGACAGUGCACCGCCAUCACCAUCGCUUGAGUAUUCGACGGCUCAGCGUGGUAUCGACACCUUGUUUGAUCGUCACCGAGAGAAAUCAGCAUGGGAGCCUUCGUCUGCUCCUGAAGCUCUCGGGGAGCUGAUGGACUCACGACAUAUGCUGCCGCUCCUACUUCCCUCCGAUCCUCGUCUUCUUGGCGCUGUGCCGGCAAAAACUGCGAUCCCGCAUACAAAACUGCAGAGCGACUCUCUUACGAUGGAGAGUUCAGUGCGGAGCUCCAGCCGAGCCAGCCAUCGGGCCAGCGAAGCGCUGGCAUGGAGGUUGCGGACACGAAGACUACGAGAGGUCGAGAUUCGGACGCUGCAAUGGAUCGAUGGCGCCCCUUCUACUGCGCGAUGGUAUCAUCCCGUAGAGUUCGACGAUGAAGACGAGAAGGGCCCACCACCGGCAUACGCAUCCGGAGACGAGGAAUCGCUCGCAGGAGAUGGCAAGAUGGCUCUGCAUCUCACGCCCCUAACUAGCAGCAGAUCCCAGCGUAGCCGGGGGAAACAUAGCACAGGCGCCACUCCCAUAGAAGCACCUGCAUCUAUGAGCCUCCCGAUAGAAACAGCACUUCCAUCUAUGCGCUGAUCCACGCG